AUGGCGGAAGUCUUCCCUUCAGAGGAGAAGACGGAGCCGUUUACUACCGAGGAGCUCCAACAGAGACUUCAAGGAAGCAUACAAGUCGAUAGCAUUGAAGAGGAACAUCAUGAUACUAUUCCGCUAGAUGCUCUAGUCAUCGAAGAAGACCAUCAUAAGCAAGGCAUCCGUAUUCUCGUCCGACCACUGACGCGAAAUCGUUCAGUGAGUCCGGGAAACGAUAAUGUCCAAUGGUUAGCUUUGCGCGCCGAGGUAGCGGACCCUUCGCAGCCUAGAUCUAAAGUGUUGGCGGUGACUCAGACUUCCAAAGAUAUCAACUUCUCCAUUAGAAUACCACAAGGCGACGAUGAGAAUAGGCCGCCAAUAUGGUGCGAGCUGUACUAUGAUCCGGCUAGCGAUAGUUUGAUAUUGGUGAACAAGUCAGAAAUGCCUAUUGUUCUCACCAGGGUAUCCCAACCAGAGUCUACUAGCGAUGUAAACUACGGCCAGGAGAUCUUACCAAAAACUACCAAGGAAGUGUCGCCAGGUACUUGGCGAAUCAGCAUCUACGCCAUUCCCGUCCUAGAUUUUAGGAUCUUGGAGAAGCGACCCGCCAAGUUGGUGAUCCCUCGCGAUAGUGCCGAUUCGUCCAUAAUCUCCAGUUCGGACGUCGCAAACUCCUCUGUUAAGCGGUCCUUCUCCGAUGCCAGCAGUGAUGAGCCAGUCAGUCCCGUCGCCGAAAAGCGAGCUCGUAAGACAGAUGGUCAAGAAAAAGACGGCGUCAUCAUCUUCAUGGGUCCUAAGGAUAAGGAACUUGUUUUCCCAUUUCCUAACCCAGCCAAGACGAAGGAGGUCGCCAUUCCCAAUGGUCAUCAUGCGCUAUUAGAAGUCGAGAAGGAUGAGACUGCCGACAUACCUGGUGGUUGUGAGCUAGAUCAAUACCAGCUAACAAAGCGCGAUCAGAUCGCUAUGACAGGCGCUUCAUCAGUCUUUACGGCCGAGCACUCCAACGUACCUGACGGUGUCAUCACGGUCAAAGUACUGAAAACGCGAAACCCCAACGCUUCAGAUACUCGACCGCAAGAGACUCACCACAAUGUAAUCCGUCAAGCCGACAUUUGGCUACGAGAAUACCAGAGCCAAGAAGAUCUACAGCAUGAAUCGAUUGUCCGUCUGUAUGGCGGUGAUGCGCGCUACUUAUCGCUAUAUAUGGAGCAUGUUGACGGCAAGGAUUUAGCGGCUCGCGGUGUAUGGCGUGAUACCACCGACUUAUUUGUGGGUGAUCGUUACGACGCCGUGCGUAUCCUACGUGACAUCGCCGGUGCCCUAAAUUACGUCCAUCAGAAACGCAAAAUCCACAACGACAUCAAACCAGCCAAUAUCCUAUACUCGCGCGAACGUGGCGCCGUCCUUUGCGACUUUGGUCUGUCAACACGAAGCACCGACCCAGCCACCAAUGGCGGUACUCCCUAUUAUGUGCCGCCCGAGUUCAUCGGGCAGAAGUUACGCGGCCCGGCUUCCGACGUUUGGGCUCUCGGCGUUACUAUGUUAUACGUUAUUCGCAAGAUUCCAUUCCCUGAUGCUCGAGGUCGUCAAGGUCAUCCCAAGCAAUUAUACUGGAUGAUUGCAGAUUUGAACCGAAAGCCAGGCCCGUCCCAUCAUCACGGCCAUCACACAAACAACAGAGCCACGUCAGCUGUCACCCAAAUGCAGCAAUGGCUUAGUGAAGUCAACGAAGCCAAGGGACGACUCAAUAAACUUGAUCGCAUCGAAUACCUCAUCCUACAGAUGCUAACACCUAACCCGAACCAACGUAUAACGAUGGCUAAAGUGAUGAUGGAAUUGAAAGACGUCCCGAAUAAGUGA